GUCAUCAGAAAAUCAACAGAGGCAAUGGAGAAUCUGCACAACGAUUACCCAUAUUUGCCUUUGGACGCCGCCCAGGAUGAAAUCCGGCUGUUGGAGCUGCUUCCCAGAGGUUUAGACUCGUCGGCACCUCUUCAAGUACGCCUCAUUCAUCGGUCCCUAAAGGAAUCGCCAAAGUACGAUGCACUAUCGUAUGUUUGUGGGAGCACACUUGAUAAGGCUACAAUAAGAGUGGACGGUAGCAGAGACUACCCAGUGACUAAAAAUCUUGAACGGGCUCUAAGACACGUUAGUCAUUUCCAGACUCGUCAGAACGAACUGGUCACAAUAUGGGCCGACGCGAUUUGUAUCAAUCAACGGAACGUCGAGGAGCGCAAUUCCCAGGUCAAGAUGAUGUGGAGAAUAUAUGCCGCGGCUGAAAAUGUCAGAACUUGGCUGGAUGUUGAGAUUCCACAUGCAGUGCUGGGAGGACUCAUGCACCUCUGUAAGGAUAUCCAGUCAGUCGACGAUCUAGGCGACGAUCCCGGAUUCUGGCAACCCAUUACCACGAUAGUCGAGGAUCCAUACUGGAGUCGAGUCUGGAUCCAACAGGAAAUUGCAUAUGCAAAAGAGCUCUUAAUUCACUGUCGUGAGAUUCCAGUUUCUCAUGCAAUUCUUAGUUGGUUCUUUGUGGUUUUGGAAAAGUACAUGGAUAAGUAUAGUCCAAUCAUGGAACACGGUGUAGCCAUCAAAUGGAGAAGGCUGGCAGUUGGAUCUGGCCCAUUUCAGAAAAGCAAGUCUGCCCGUGUCACAAAUCCACGAUGCUAUAAAAACAUAUACGACUCUUUACACUGGACGAGUCACCUGAAAGCAACCGAUAUUAGGGACAGGAUAUAUGGGCUGCUAGCGCUGGUUGAAGAUGAUGUUGAGGACAUCGAAGUGAACUAUGGGCUCCCAGUCUCAGAGGUUUAUUGUCAAGUGGUUCAAGUCCUUAUUCAGAAUCACCACUCCUUGGCAUUUCUGAAUUUUGCGGGCCUGAAUGUUUCGCAAAACGAUUCUGAUCUACCAACCUGGUUGCCAUAUCCUAGGGGCCAUCCCACCGGGGUACUCAGUUCUAAGAGUGAUGAGGGGUCAAGCUGUUUCUCUUGGCUUCAGUCUCUCCAUGCCGAUAUCUGCCAUAGCACUGCCAUUUUACCUUCCCUUUCCACGGAUCAUGAAUCUUUGUAUGUUCAUGGCAUGUAUAUCUCUAAAAUCGGAGAUGUGUGCCGAACUAUGAGUUGGCAGGGUGUGCACAACUUUGGAAAGUUCCUGCAGGCAUGGGACGAAUAUCUCAACAAAUGGACUGCCAUAAACAGCGAAAGAGAUAGCUCGCUCACAAGAAUAGAUGCUAUGCGAUCAUUCGUCUCCCUCAUGCAUAUUUGCAGGACAACAGAAGCUGUCAGUCGUUUCGCGGACACCGACAAGCUGGCUCGAUUUGAGCAACUUUUCCCUGUAGCCCUUGCAGAGCAACUAAAAGACAAUCCUAAUCUCCCGGGGGCCAUGCGUCAAUUUGACUAUGUCAUGUGGGGUCUGAUGAGCAGAACAAUGGCAAUUCCUUCACUGAACCGAUAUUUGGUUCUUACGCAAAACGGCAUCAUGGGGCUAGCCCCGAUGGCAACGAUCCCUGGCGAUGAGAUCUGGAUGCUGUUUAGACAUCCCAUUCCCAUAGUGCUUCGACGGGAAAAUAAACAUUUCCUUGUGGUGGGACCAGCGUUCAUCGACUUUGUGGUGCAAGAAAAGUGGGAUGAGGCCAUGGCAAAAUAUGAAGAGGGGGAUCAAGAUUGUCAAGGUCAGGAGAUUCGAUGUAUUUGUCUAAGGUAGGAAGUUGCUCAGCAGGAGCUGCUUGGUUGGUUUACUUGGGGUUAGGAGAGCAUCAAAAUGUUCUGAAUUUCGAUGGAACAGUGGAAUACAGUGUCUUGGAUUACCUCAUAAAAUGAACCAUGAAAUUGAGUCUAGGCAGAAGUGGUAUUACAGGACUAGAAAUCCAAUCUACACUCAAUAUUGCAG